UCAAGAUCCAGAGGCUCAUACCUGUUCUGAAGUGGCGCCUGGCUUGGGAGUGGGGGUCAGGAGCAAUUUUUAUUAUUAUGUCCUUGAGCAGGUAUCGACUCCAACUCCCCUUCAUCUACCAGGUGUCCUUCUAUUGUCUGACAGUGGGAGGCAUAAAAGAGAGUAGGAACCAAGGAGAGCAUUGCUGUCCUGUGAGACCUCAGGGAUCCUCAAGGAUCCACUGUGACACUGAAGGGCCCAAGGAUCCAAGGGACUUUGUGACACCAAGGGGUUCCAUGGAACCAAAGGGACAUUGUGACCCAGGGAAGCCUCAUGGAAACAUGGAGGUCAUUGGAACACUCUGGGGCCUCAAGGAACUGUGGUGACACCAAGCUGGGUGUGAGUGUGGAUCUGCUGGAGGGUCAGAGGGCUCUGCACAGGAACCUGGACAGGCUGGAUCCAAGGCCCAAAUCCAACAAGGGGCUCUCUUCUGUGAAUGGGCCAUUGAGUGUCCCUGCAGGACUGGUAAAAUGACAUCAUCCCAUUGUGGGAUGCUCCGCCCAGGGGGAGGAGCCACGCGUUCCUACCUGGAUAUAAACUGAGACUUGUAGCACCAGGAGCAUCUUGCCUACUGGAUUUCCAGAGGACAAGAGCUCCAUAAGCACCACUGGACCUUCAGAGGAAGACCAGACCCUUCUACAGGAUCACCGCUUCGACAGAAUCAUGUUCAUCACUGCAACAGGACUGAGGCCACCAUCUAAUGGGACUGCUACCACCACCCUGACACACAGGGUGCCAGAAUUUCCCAUCUCAAAACCACUGCCAGAUGGAGGAGAAGGCUGUAAGGAAGAGGAAGAUGUCCCGGGACCAUCAGACAAGGAGCUGAGGAUGGAGACCAGUGAGGACAAAUCUCCGCAGCAGAACCUUCUGGAAGAGGCCGUUUUCAGUGGCUCCAUGGCACAGGAAUCUAAUGGGGAAGAAAAUUCCCUGAGAUCCUGCAGGAGGAGGGGCUCCAAACACAGCCCAGGGUGCUCUGAGGAAGAAAGACCCAGCCUGUUCCAGGAAGGUGGACAGAGCUUCAGCCAGAGCUCAGAGCUGAUGGUCCAUGAGCAGCUUCAUGAUGGGGAGAAACCCUACAAGUGCUUGGAGUGUGGGAAGAGCUUCAGGCAGAGCUGCCACCUGAUCUGCCACCAGAGGAUCCACACUGGGGAAUGGCCCUACGAGUGUGGGGAGUGUGGGAAGGGCUUCAGCUACAGAUCCACCCUUGUGACCCACCAACGCAUCCACACCGGGGACAGGCCCUAUGAAUGCCUUGAGUGUCAGCAGAGAUUUCAGACCCACUCCACUCUCCUCAGGCACCAGAGGAUUCACAGCGAGGAGAGGCCCUUCCUCUGCCCCGACUGCGGGAAGGGCUUCAAGCAAAACUCCCACCUUGUCACCCACCAGCGCAUCCACACUGGGGAGAGGCCCUACGGGUGCCACACCUGUCAGAAGAGGUUUCACAGCAGCUUCAAUCUCCUCCUGCAUGAGCGGAUUCACAGCGAGGAGAGGCCCUUCCGCUGCCCCGACUGUGGCCAGGUCUUCAAGCACAACUCCACUCUCGUCACCCACUGGCGCAUUCACACUGGGGAAAGGCCCUACCAGUGUCCCCAGUGUGGGAAGAGCUUCAUCAACAGCUCUAACUUGACCCAACACCAAUGGAGUCACCUGUAAGGGAAGCCCUGCAAAUGCCCCUUGUCCUGGAUUGACUAUAUGAUGCUUUUAUCCCCAGUCGUCUUGUUCUAUUUAUACUGAAUAAUACAUUUUACACCUUUAAGACUCUCUUCCAGACAGUGAGGAGGGGAGGGAAGAAGCGCGCAGUUUGUUUUCAGACUGCUCUCACUCCUCCACAUUCCUGCUCCUGGACUGUGUUGUCUGCGGAUGGACAGACAGCCGGACAGAGCUCCUUUUUCCCUUUCUCUUGCUUUUAGUUAGUUUUAGCUAGCUGAGGCAAAGACGUUCCCUGGACUGUGAUUUUUUCCUUUUUGCUUGGACCUGUUCAAGCCUGCUCUGCACUGAACACCCAGAAGAGCACCGGCAGCUCCACCUGUGACCCCUGGCCGGGCCUGGGCUGUGGCGUUUCCAGCACCAGAGAGACUGAUCAGAGACUGAGUGAGCCGAGCUGCAACCCGGGGAGGGGACUGUUC